AUGGUGUCUGGGCAGUGGUCGAUUCCGGACUUUGAGGUGAUGGCUGCGGUGCCCACGGCGGUUUGUUUGACGACGUAUCAGGGAGAUGAGAAGGACUUUGUCAAUACGCCCUUGGAGGAGAUGGUGCAGCAGAUUAAGGAGGGGAGUUUGAAGGUCAGUGUCGGGAAGACGUUCCCGUUAGAGGAGAUUGUGGAGGCGCAUCGGACGAUGGAGGAGAAUAGGGCUGGUGGGAAGAUCGUUCUGCUCAUGUAG